AUGUUCAAGAAGGCGUCAAAGGCCUCCGAGAUUUGGGAGUUAGAGACCUUUCUUAUCACCUUGGCUUUAUUGCCAAUUCAGUGCAGAUCUGUGAUGGGAAAAGAGAUGCUGACAUACGAAAUAGGAAGAGGAAUGAUGAGGAUGAAAAUAAUCUACAAUUCAUGUUGUUGUUCUGCAGAGGAGCUAGCUGAGGUUAAACAAAUGAUAAAAACCCCUGAGUUUUUCAACAAGCUUGUUGAUAGUAUGGCCCCUAUUGUUUUUGGUCAUCAAGACAUCAAGCGAUGA